GUACAGUAUUCCCAUAGGUCAAACCGACGUCGUAGCGCAUCCCAUUUCCGUGCUUUCACCAAAAUGGUUCUCUAUGUUCAGAUCAUACUUGGUUGAAACACAGUAGCAAAGGGAAGAACAAGAGAAAAAAAAUGGCAGGGAGAUUAAGCAACGCGGCGUCCAAGAUCAUGGGCGGAAACGGCGUCGUUAGCCGCUCCAUCGAAUCUUCUCUUCGCCUCCGCGGCGGUGGCACAAGGCUUCCUGUUGGCAAACACAUCGUCCCUGAAAAACCCCUUCCUGUGAACGACGAGCUUGUUUGGGACAAUGGGACUCCGUUCCCAGAGCCCUGCGUUGAUCGUCCUGCUGAGCUAACAGUUGGAAAGUAUGAAGCAUUGGCUUGGCUUUGUGGAGGAUUGGGUUUCUAUACAUCUUUGGGAUUAUUGGCUUGGUGGAAUGAUAAAGCCUCUAACAUUCCUUUUACACCGAAAGUUUAUCCAUAUGACAACCUUCGAGUGGAGCUUGGUGGAGAACCAUAGGUGCAUGGUUAUUGUUUUUCUAAAUUUGUCCUUGAAAAUUUGGAUUUUUUUGGAGUUGGGAAUGGUACAAAAUAAUGGAUAAUCUGUACCCAACCUAAUGCUAAUGCUAUAAAACAAUGGAUCAUGUUUACCUUUUACUGGAUUAACAUCAUCAACAUAUUGCUGGACAUGAUUUUGUUGUUUUAUUGAAUUAAGAGGAAACGGUAUUGGUCACCGAUUUUCAAA